UGUACUGAACACUUCUUGACCGACCUCAAGAUGGCGAGCGCCGAAACGAGUACGAUGCCACAAGCGAAUGUCUACCCAUCACAAUUUCCAGCUCCGUCUCACUCGACCUCAGGGCUCAUCAACAAUGUCCUCACGACAGCCACAUCCAUUGCAUUCUCAGACAAAAUUGUCAUCACAUUAUCACAAGCUGGAAGGCUAUCACACUGGACUCAUGUAUCGCUUGCAUCAGCUUCCGCGGACCCAAUGAACCCCAACCCAAUCUCGAGUGGAGACCCGGAGAACGAUUUGCUUCCCAUGAGCCAUUUGACCGCAACAACUGUGCUCGGCGGCACAAAGCGUGAAGACGAAAUUGUGAGACAGACACUGGCCACAACUAUCGCCAGUGCAAUUUUGAUGAAGCGGCCGAGCGAAUCCAGAUUGCUUGUCUUGGGACUUGGGUUCGAGAACGCAGUGGGCACUUUGACUGAGCGGGCACUGUUCGACGAGGCUGUUGGUCUCGUGUUAGAAGUUUUGUGAGCUCAACGGGCCAAUCCGACAAAGUCUCAGUUCAGGCUACGAUCUGUGAACGAAGCAGCUGGCCCGAGUGGGUUGAACAUGCAGCUCUGACUAACAGUCAGUGGCUCCUGUCUUAUGGACCUCCGCUGUCAGCCGGUAGCUACUGCUCCCAGUUUGAACCGGUCGCCUUAAAGAUACCACCAACCACAGGGCCAAAGGACUCGAAAAGAGAGGCGU